AUGGGGAAACCACCUCUUCGGCACUGGACGCUGUCGCCCUCCGUCGCCGGCGGGAUCGCUGAGAGAGUUGAGAACCCGUUUGUGUUAUUGGAUCACAUGAAAGCUUCUCGUCGCAUCCAACUUGUUGCUGAUUGCUGUUGCCAGUUCAACGAGCACGUUGGCGAGUUGCAAAGAGAAGGUGUUUUCCAAUUCGGACGAGAAUCCCAUUUCAAUUGGAAGCGGAAUGUGGUAUGGGCGGGUCAACUAUUGACACUCACAUGUCCUGAGGACUUGUCUGGUCUAGGACCAUUGCCCUCCAUCGUCGCGAUGCAAUUGAUCCCCGAUUGUGAAUCCGGGUACAGGAGCAAUGGGAAUCCCUGUGCGACCCUCGAAGCAUUGCAACCGGAUUGGAGACAAGGGCAAGUCUUGCCCUUGUUUCGUGGGCUUUUUUCUCAGUUGAAAGGCUUCAAUCAGAUACCAGCAGCUGGAUAG